AUGAACGGCUCGGCGGCGGGCGGCGGGACGGCGGCCGCGGGGCUGCUGGCGGGAGCCGGGAGCGCGGCGCUGGAGCUGGAGCGGGCCCUGCGCUGCUGCACCGCCGCCUCCGUGGUCACCGACGGCAGCGGCGGGGCGGCGGCGGCGGACGAGCGGAGCCUGUACAUCAUGCGAGUGGUGCAGAUCGCCGUCAUGUGCGUCCUGGCCCUCACCGUCGUGUUCGGCAUCUUCUUCCUCGGGUGCAACCUCCUCAUCAAGUCCGAGGGGAUGAUCAACUUUCUGGUGAAGGACCGCCGGCCGUCCAAGGAGGUGGAGGCGGUAGUGGUCGGGCCGUACUGACCGCCGCCCGCCCCGCUCCGCUCCGCUCCGCAUCGCCGCCCGCCCCGACGGCCCGCUGCCCGGGGAAAGCCGCCCCGGGCCGGCCGCUCCCGGCGCUGACUGCGACGACGGCCCUUCCUCUUCUAGACAGACUCUUCCGUUGGGUUUUGGAACCUUAACCGCGACGGCUAACGAACGCUAAGGUGCCGGAGGCCGGUGAGACGUGCGGGGCUGCCCGGCGGGGACGGCACCCGGAGCCGCCCGGCCCGACUCGCGGGCUGCCGAAGUAAAACGUGCUCUGAUGGCAA